AUGAAAAUUUUUCGAACUUUUGAUACCUUUGUAAUCGUAUGCGCAUUAUUUUUUAUUGCUGAGCAAGUAAAAUCAUGCGAGAAAGAGUGUCAAAUUGGUAUUUCCAAUGCUUUCGCUAGUAGUUAUACUGUCGAAAUCACACCGUUCUACAAGGAUUUCAAAAACGAUUCUUUGGAACAUUUAUUCUUUAGUAUGUCAUAUGAUAGUGUUUCCACUGAUCCGAAUGUUAUAAAACAAGUUACCAUUCAAUUGGACUCUUCAAUAUCUGAUCAAAUCGAUAGCCUUAUGAAUACAUUCCUUACCGGCGUGUCUGAUAUAGUUAAAAAUGCCAUUUUCAACGAGGACCCAAAAAUGAAGGGUGAUUGUAACAAUACAGUUGUACAGCCUCCUCUAGGUGUCAAUUGGACAUACCAAGAUUGUAUUUUAAUGGACAAAAUUUGUGGAAAUCCACCUUCAAUAUGUCAUUUUAUAGAUCUCAAUAAGCAGAAAAUUUAUAAAGAUCUAAAAGCGAAAGUAUCGGAUAAUUCAAAAGAAGGAGGCGAUUACAUUACUCAGAUCAGCAAUGUUAUUAAAGAUGUUGCAUCUAAAAAUAAUCUUACACAAAAUAGUUCUGAUUACCUUGUGAAAGGAACUUCGAAAAAUGUUCAAAAUAGCUUAAUUGGCUUCGCUAAUAACUUUAAUGACCAUUUUUGUUCCGAUAAUUGUACCAAGUAUGAUAAUACAACUAUAAUACCAUUAUUGCUAUCUUUUCCUUAA